AUGUCCUUGAGGAAUGAGCCUCAGAAGCAUUAUGCUGGUAAGACUCAGCUUACUCAUUGGUGUGAGCCAGGAGUUGAGAAGAAGCCAUCACAUGUACGUGUGUAUGGGAGGGGAAAGAUAGAGUGUGUUGACAGGCUGCUGGUAUGCACGUCUAUGGCAGCUGCUAUAAGGUGCGGGGUUGAGGGCUUGUCUAUGGAAGGUGGAACGGAUGGCUUGAGAGUUGAUUAUGUCCCCUCUACGUCUGAUGCUGUGUUGACUGUCCCUCCUCGAUGCGAUGCAAUGGAUUUGGAAGCACUAGUAUGGGAUAAGCUGAGACCAAAAGAAGUGCGUGUUGUGAUGACGAAGGAAGUUAGUAGCACUAGAGGGGAAGACGGCAUAGU